AUGGUAUAUGUGAUCGUGGAGAUCGAUAAGAGUGAUGUCGGGGAUAUUGUUACAAGAUUGCUAGGAGCGAAACAUAAAAUUACUGUAGUAGAUGACUUACAAACAGCCUGUGGAUGUCACGAUAAUCCAAAGAGGAAAAAGAUAGAAGCACCUUCACAAUCUGUGACAGUUUCAUCAACGAAACAAAUUCCACUCACUAGCAUUGGAGGAGUAAUAAGCGGAGAAACCGGUGAAACGUUCGAAGAAGAAGAUGAUGAGAUGGAGAAUGAAAUCACACUCAUGACGGCUUCUUCAGCGUUACUUGAUCUGUUAGAAGAUCCCCUUUUGAAAGUUUCAAACGCGUUAGAUGAUAGUAAGCCAGAUGUUAAAAACAACAAGAAUAGACGGAAUAAUGGAGUUCCGUAUCAUCCCGGAACCCUUUGUCCUCAACUUCGUAGAGGUGGAAGUGGUGACGGGGAAGAAGAUAUCAAAGAUGAGUAUCAGGAAGGUGUAGAUAUGGCUAUUCGUUGUAUGGUAUGCACAAAGAUAAUAGCUCUGGGAACACGUCCAGCCAACUAUAGUACAAGGAAGUAUGCACAUGCGCGUUCUCAUGGAUUUAGUGAUAGAUUUUCUUGCAAUAUUUGCCACGCAGUAUUUAAAAAUAAACGUUCCAUAUACAGCCACCAAAAAACAUUUCAUGAUACGGACCCCAACUUUAGGAUAGUUGAUAAUUGGAGUGAGGAAUCACAGAGAGAAUUAAUGAAUAUGGUUAUGAAAUGCUUUCCAAAAACUAAUAAGCCAUUCCCAAAAAGAGUGUUAAUGUUGGCCGAUGACGGGUACACACCUCCCAACACACAAUCACUCACAGAUCAGCUCAUUCAUGCAGUUAAUCAACAGGAAGAAGCGAUGAGAGCGAUAAAGAGAGAAGCGGAAUAA